AUGAAGCAGAAUCACAAAGAAGUUAACAAUUGCGUUGAUGGUUUGCUUUUGGUUAAGAGAUCGAAAGUUUGCAAAGUUGCAAGUGAUUUGAUUGAUUCGGCUUUGUUGUGUGAUGAAGGUUUUGAGUUGCUGGAAAAAUCUUUUGAGGACAUUCGUGGGAAGCUUACAAGGUUGGUGUCAUCAAGAGCUCAUGUCGAAGAACCCAAUGGUUCUGUCGGAACUGGUUAUCCCCAACUCAAAAUCAAAGAUCCACAUCGAGUGAAAGUAAAAGGGCGUGCGAAAAGAGUUAGAGGAGAAAAAGAGAAGGCAGCGCAACGACAUAAACGUCGGUGCACUGAAUGUAGGAAGACUGAUCAUGAUAGAUGA